AUGCGAUUUAUUUUAGCUUUCGCUUACGAUCGUUUGGUCUCGGAAAACCGUUUGGUAUCCCAUCUGUAUCACUGUCCGUUCGACAUGACACGUAUUGAGGGAGAAACUUGUCUCCAAGCACUGAAUGGAUUCAUAUUCAUUAUGUCUUGCGAUGGAGAGAUAUUUUCCGUUUCCAAGACUGUUGAACACUACCUCGGGUUUCAUCAAGCGGACAUAUUACAUCAAAGUGUAUUGGAAUUAAUCCAUUCUGAGGAUCGGGAGGAGUUUAUCAGAAAACUAUCUUGGAGGAAUGAGCUGCCACCUGAGUUGCAGUCUUGUACACUGAGUGAACUAAUGACAAGAGAACUAUGCCACCACUUGAGAAGGCGAUUCACUGUGCGUUUCCGAUGCUUACUGGAUAACACCUCCGGAUUUAUUACUUUGGAAUUGUGUGGGCGUUUGCAGUUCCUUUACGGCCAAUUGAGAGGGAAACAUUCAACCAGCUGUGUCCCAAGCUCACAACUGGGUCACGCUCACAUCAACUCAGCUCGGUCCAUGGUUAACUCAGCCUCGCCUUCUGGACACAAAACAAAUACGGUUCAGUAUGGUCAACCACCACUCGGACUCUUUGUGGUUUGCAGUCCGCUUGGGCCAAUGCCAAGCCUGAUGGGUGCACAACGUGAUUUGACCUUUAAAACGAAGCACCAACUGGAUUUGACCGUGAUGAGUAUUGAUUCUCGAACGCGGACACUGUUCAACUACACUGACACCGAAUUGCAACGUGUCAAGGUCUACGAUUUAGUGCACCCAGACGAUCUACUUUAUGUAGCUCAGGGACAUCGAGAGGUGUUCCGGACCGGAUCUAUUGGGCUUUUAGUUCAUCGAUGGCUCAACAAAUCGGGUUUAUGGAUAUGGCUGCAAUCAAGAGUAAAGCUAAUGUUGAAGAAUGGGAAACAUGACCAUAUUAUCGCUAUUCAUCGUCAACUCUCUUAUCAGGAAGGUAUGGAGCUAUUUAUCCGCCGAAGCGAGGAAUAUAAACUACCUUUUCCUUUCUUGGAACCAGAAACUUUGCUCAGCGAAGAAAGCCUACCAGGAAGUGGCCAGCUCGCUGACCACAGUGGGAUUUUCUCCACUCCACAGGUAAAGGAAUUUGAGCCAGGUUUCAUGGGUAGCCUUGUUAAUGGAAGCGGAAGCAGUAGUCUGACUACUGUGGACUCGGUUGUUCCAUUCAGCUCGCAUACUAUGAUUAACGAAAAUAGCUCGUUGGAUACAGGCAAUACUUAUGGACGAGGGUUGAAAUUGGAUGCUUAUUCAAACGUUGCAAGACAUCGAUUAACUGUCGACCGCAGGCCGCUUACAAGUGAUGUUCUGAUGACCUCAAGGUUUACUCAAAGUACGGUCCACCCGUUUUCUUCGCAAAUGAACCCUGCACAGGCAAUCACAUCAAGGAAUAGAGGAACAGGAAAGUCAACGCAUUGCAGAAGAAAAAGGAACCUGAACAAGUCCUCCUUCCAGCCAGAAUGUGCAACUGUAAGUUGUGGUCAGACAAUUUAUUCUGGAACUCCACACGUUUAUCACAGCUUCGGUCAGCCUCACUAUGCGCACACAAACUUCGGAGACCAGUAUCCCAGAAACGAUACAGCCCAUUGUGAAACCAAUAAGCGAAGCGGACGUUGGCUCGGUCUACAACCUGCACACGCUCCCGAUCCAGGCUAUAUUUCCAACUUUUUCGGUUGGGAAACCAGUGAUGUGCAACAGAGAGUUUCAUUCCCCCAUGCUUUCUAUUCAGAACAAUCAUUCCCGGAGAUGCUUAUGAAAAACUACCCUAUGGUUGGUGAUUUUUCGACCCGUGGACAUGAGAUCGCGACACAAGCAAAUGCAGAGAAUUACAAUGCUUACUCUACUCCUUACGAUGCCUAUGCUAUGGCGGCCGCGGCGAUGGUUGCAGCAGCAAGUAGCUGUCAAAAUCAAGCACCACAACUUACCGCGAGCCGCGUCGACCCGGGACUUCAUCGUGUCCGUGCUGAUAGAUCGGAUAUGCUGGGAUAUUCGGAUUAUCCAUUCUCACGACUUUACGCCACAGAUGUUCAUUUUCAUUCCGAGGCACAUUCAACUGAUACAGAACUGACAUUUCACAGGCAACAAGGUAAUCAGCCUAAACUCGGAACGCAGGACCUGAGCCGUGUGACAGAGUCAGCGUCACAUGGAGAGUCUGACAGUUAUCGGAGCUUCGGUGUCAACCAAAGUGUGGACAAUAAGACCGCAACAAGUAUAUUUCCCUUAUACUCUGCCAAAGCACCAGACCCAAUGGGAGAUAUUUGUCAACGGUCUCCUACGUUACAACGUAUUUAUCAAGCCCCUAUAUUUGAUGUGGGAGAUAAAGUCGCACAGUCACAGCUUAUUCAUUUACAAAGCCAGGCCAUUGAUGCUGCUCUGGGAUUUUCUGGAAUUAGCAACACAGUAUUCCCUCCACAAGAACAUCAAUGUUCCACAGCUACUAACACCAACCAAAAUCUGAAUCCAUUAACAUUUAUGCCAACGCCUUCAUCCCCGGUGUCAAACAAUCCGCAACACUUUGACCUAAUUUCCUCCCCUUAUACGUUGCUCAAGGAGACCGUAGUCAACACAGUAUGUUCUAAACGUUCAGGCUUUCAUUCGCAGCGGUCGAUGGAAUCUCCCCAUGAUCGACUGAAGCCAGCUGACGGUCUCUGGCAUGAGCAGUCAGAGGCAAGGAACGCUGAAACAUUCUUUCGAUCAGAGAGAUCAAAGGAAAACCAGGACUACGUAGAUCAUGUGGAGGACAAACUGCCUUCGGAUAAUCGUUCGACUUCUUCACUAUGUUCUUCCUCCACAAGCCGCUCUCAUUCCCCAGAAAGCGGUCCGUACUCCGAUGAGCACCUGACGGACGACCAGUACAGAAACACGCCUCCAUCUCCAGUGAUUGCAAAGGGCUGGUCGAGGGAUGAACAUCCACUGGAAACCGAUCAAAGGGGCACAGUUUUUCCAUUUGGGAGUUCCGUUUGCUCAAGUUCCGGCGACAGUUUACCACAGCAAUUACAUCAGAGGUCCAAUUCGGCAGAUGCCGUACAAGGUUAUUCCUCCUUUGUCAAUUCUGGAGAACCGUAUGGCUGACCAUAAGCUGGAUACAAUGGAGUGACCUGCUCUAACGCGCUGAAUGCAAGGUUUUGCCAACGAGAACCGAUCAGUCCAUAUAUGGACGUCUGGAUGGGCGUGUUUCGGAUGCAGUUCCCAGGCAGUCACGUCAGUGAGGUUCAACGUCCGCACUGGUAUUACUCACCUACGUCCCUUUCUCACGAAUACCUAAUACAGAAAGUGGAGAAGGAGAAUAUGUACAUCUGUGUGACUGCAUCGAUAUGUUAUAGGGCGCGCAAGCGGAAUACUUGUAUUUA